UAUGGUGACAUCGCCUGCGUUACCGUUGCUGGACGAAUUCUUACCGUAAUCUAUUCAUGUAUUGGCAUUCCACUAAUGCUUAUCACACUCAACGACUGCGGCAAAUUUCUUUACAACAACAUCAAUGGAUGCGUAAAGAAUGUCGAGGCAUUCGGCACCUAUUUGGGUGUGUUACG